CGCGGAUAUAAGGAUUGGCGCCGGCGCCACAGCUGAUGCGCUCAUUCAUUCUUCAGAGACGAGCAGAGGAACAGAUCCAUCGACACCAUGUCCAGACGCAGUGGUCGCAUCACACUUCAAACCCGAGAUUCGAACGCACCCGAGCCGACCGUCCGAGCGCCGCUGAAGAAGAGGAAACCAGAGCCGUCCAAGAAGAAACUACAACCUGCUGCUAAGAAACAAAGCUAUGAAAUCCAGACGUGUUGGUCAGAAGAUGGAGCGAGUCCGUGCCUGCUCAUCGAAACCCCCCACAAGGAGCUGGAGCCGUCGGACCCGUCCAGCUUCAAACAAUACAUCUUCAAGAACCUCUUCAUCAAGGCCUCCCCCAUCCCCCGCCUCAGUUGGGCCAGUUCAGACGACGUGUGGAUCAAGAUGCUCAACAAGGAGCUGAAGUACGUCCACGACAAGGGUUACAUGACGAGGCAUCCCAAGCUGCAGCCCAACAUGAGGGCCAUCCUGCUGGACUGGCUGCUGGAGGUCAGUGAGGUUUACAGCCUGCACCGCCAGACGGCCUCGCUCGCUCAGGACUUCUUCGACCGCUUCAUGCUGACGCAGGAGAACGUGAACAAAGACUAUCUGCAGCUCAUCGGCAUCACGGCGCUCUUCAUCGCCUCCAAGAUCGAGGAAAUUUACCCACCUAAAAUCUACGAGUUUGCGUACGUCACAGACGGCGCCUGUGAGAUGUGGGACAUCCAGCGCACAGAGCUCCACAUUCUGAAGGCGUUGGACUGGAACCUCUGUCCGGAGACGCCCAUCUCCUGGCUGAAGCUCUACGCUCAGGUCGAAGCCCAGAAAGACGACGAGAACUUCCUGGUGCCGCAGUUCUCACAGGAGACGUACAUCCAGAUGACACAGCUGCUGGAUCUGUGCAUGAUGGACAUCAACUCGCUGGACUACGGCUACAGCGUCAUCGCUGCCUCCGCCUUCUGCCACUUCUCCACCUUCGACGUGGUCCAUCGGGUCUCAGGUCUGACGUGGGAGAGCGUGGCGCCCUGCGUCCGCUGGAUGAGUCCCUUCAUGGACACGCUGCGAUCUGAAGCCCCGCCGCAGCUCAAGAGCUUCCCCAGAGUCAAAGCCGACGACCGACACAACAUCCAGACGCACGUGUCCUAUCUGGAGCUGCUGAGAAAGGCUCAGGAGCGCCGGGUGGACGAGCCCGACUGUCAGAUGUCGCCCGUGGCCGUCAGCGCGUUGCUGACUCCGCCCAGCAGCACGGAGAAACCGACCAAUCCCUGAGCAGGAUGGACCACGGCCAGCGGUUAACACUACCUCCGGGGGCGGCGCCUGAAGUCGACGGCGUCCGCUCCUCGUCACACGGAACAAGAUUUUAGGAAAAGAUGAACUUCAUGUAGCAAGUUUAGAUUUUAUUUUCUUAACGCUAAGUUCAGAUUUAAGUUCCCGUCCGUCUCUGUAGUCUCAGUUUUAUAAAACUAAAACUUCAGAGGCCGUCAGGAUUUUAAGUUCUUAGACAGACAUUUUAAUUUAAGAAAAGAAAGUGUUGAUUGCGUCGGAACCUUUGAACAGUUUGAGUUGUUGAGGCAGAAGUUUCAUCUCCGACUCUGAGGAAUUAAUUAUUUCCCAUAAACCCCGGAGGUCUGAGGACGUCUCCUCCCGACCGGGGUUUUGGGAGUUUUACUGUUUUAUUGAAACAAAUGAUUUCACACGGUGCUUCAGUCGGAUUCUCAGGAACCCGACGACUUUCUGCUCUGAACGGGCGGAAGGUUUGUUCCUCCACAUCAAAUCAGUGAAAACUCAGAUUUCAACUUGAUGCCACAGAGGAACAGUGAUAUUUUACAAAGUGUGUUUUGAAGCUGAGCCAUAAGAAUAAUCAGAGGUUUGAUUUGUUGGACGUCCUGAAACCUGCGGACGUUUGAACGGCAUCGAACCCGCGGACCCGGUGGCUCGUCCGUAUCGAUUCUUACCGUUGCAACCUGGUUGCACAUUUUUGUUACAUUCCUGUGAAACUUGACAACUGUGCAAAGUUUUUGCUUUUUAAGUGCUUGUAUUUAUUGAAAAGCCUUAGUAUGUAAGUAAAUCUGUUCAUAUGUAUAAAAAAUCAGCAAUGAAUGAAGUGUGGAUCGCUGCCAAAGGCUAUUUAUGAUUUAGCUGUGACUGUUGAGUUACAGUCGGAUGCAGAUGAGUGUUGUGCAGCAGCUGUCACUUCUUAGUGCCUUGACAAGAACAUGAACUGUGCAGCUUUGUGAUUGAAGCUGAACAAACCUGUGACUCAGCUUCUGCAGCUGCAUCGACCUGUCGACUGCUUCACUUGUCUUUGUAAAUAGAGAAACUCAGAAAUAUGUCAUUUCAUUUUCUAACGUGAUGUUUUAAAUAAAAGUGAAAUGAAGA